AUGCAGAAUUGGACGAUGCAUCCCAUAUAUCUUCCUAGACAUAAUCGUAUAACCGAAAUCUUUAUUCAACAACAACACGAAGAAUUGUUUCAUGCUGGAACAGCUCAUACGAUAUUAAGUUUAAGAAAAAGGUUUUGGAUACCCAAAGGGAGAACAGAAGUUAAAAGAGUUUUGAAUAAAUGUAUGGGAUGUAAACGAUGGAAGGCAAAACCAUUUAAACUACCAACCAUGCCUAAUUAUCCAGCAACUCGAGUAAGACGAGCACGAGCAUUCGCACGAGUUGAAUUGGAUUAUUUAGGUUCCGUUUCUAUCAAAACAGAAAGAGGAGUUACAAAAAGAUGGGUUGCCUUAUUUACAUGUUUUACUACUAGGGCAGUGCAUCUGGAAAAGGACGAGUACUUAACUAGCUUGAGAGAACGUACACAAGCAGAAUAUAAACCUCCGAUAAGCGUAGAGAUUAGAGCUCCUAUUGAAGGAGAAAUUGUGUUGGUAAAUGAAUCAAAUGCUCCUCGCGGUACAUGGAAACUAGCAAAAAUAAGGAAACUCAAUAAAGGAAAGUAUAAAACCUGUAAGGAGUCGACUAAUAAACAUCCUCCAAGAAGUAAAGACAUUGUUGGAUUGCCAGAACAAAGUUUGCCAUGUUCAGAACGACUUCAAAUACAUGAAGCUAGAAAGCGACUUUUUGAAGAAAAAAUUAUGAGGUUACACAUGUGCACUCAAUCAACUUCAAGAAGCAAAUGGCAGGUGGAUCGAAAAAAGGAGAAGGAGGAAGAGAAAUAUCAAGAAGUAAUAAUAGGAGAGCAAGGAAUUUUUAAUUUAAUAUAUGAAGUAAAAGAAGCCGUCAUUACUUUUAUUUAUCAAAAGGAUAUUGACUCCCAAAUCCAGAAAUUAACACCAAAUCCAAACCAGCAGCACGCAUUACGAACAGAGAUAACGAAGCCAACUCCACCUACUACUUAUGUUAAUGUCAAUUUCCCUCAAUUAUCUUUACCUACUUUUAAUGGCGAUCCACAACAGUGGAGAGAAUUUUGGAGUAGCUUUGACGCUGCUGUCCACUCACAAACCAUCCCGGAAAUCCAAAAACUAAGCUACUUAAUCUCCUGUUUGAAAGGAUCAGCACUACAAGCCGUAAGAGGUUUUGAUAUUGCCCCUGAAAACUAUGAAGUAAUGCGAAAAUUGUUGACCGAAAAAUAUGGAGACUCAUCGAUGACAACCAAAUUACUAUACAACGAACUAAAAUCCAUAAAACGAAACGAAAAGGAAUGGAUUGAAGCCGUUGAAAAAAGGGAAAGAAUCUUCCGACAAUUAGAAGUACUGGAUGAAAAUUUGGAACACUCCAGUAUAGAAAGUGUGGUUGAAAGCCGACUAUCGCGAUGGAUACUUGACAAAGCAUACCAUCAGAAAACCAACGGUUCUCCAUGGUCAAUAUUAAAACUAAGAAGAUUUCUCGGAGUUCUCCAUGGUCAAUAUUAAAACUAAGAAGAUUUCUCGGAAACUUAAUGCAAGUUAAUGAACAGGUAAGAAACCAAUUCACCUCUACUCAAAUGGAAAGAAAACCC